AUGGCCGAUAGAAAGAGCCCGAGCCCUGAGGGCCGCAAGAGCUCCUCUUCACCUGGCCCGUUUCGCCGUCAGCGAGCACCGACAAUAACCAUAGACACCUCCGCUGUCAACAACCCGGACAUGGGAAAUGCCGUGCCGCUAGGCAACCUCAGCGACAGUAUCCACACCGUUCAGACACAGCGGUCCGAAACGAGCUUCUCCACCCAGUCCCAGACUCGGUCUUCGCCCGUCGACCUGCGCAACCCGAACUCGUUCGACAGCACUCAGGACCGCCCUACAUCGCCCCACAAUGUAUCAUCGCCCUCAAACCGCUGGCACGAUCCAAAUCUUUUUCUGUCCGUCCCGAACGCGCGGUCGCGCGGCAAUUCGCUGGAUUCGCAGACGGAGAAUGGACAGUCCUCGGUCACGGGUACAUCCGAGACCUACGUCAAUAACUCUCCUACAACAACGAAUAAACAACAGCUCGGUCACGACGAAAUUCUUAAUGACCACGACGCCUUAAAACCAGACCCUGGUACGGAGCACACGUUCGAAGUGGAGGAUAAUAAGUUCGCCUUCUCGCCUGGACAGCUGUCCAAGCUGUACAAUCCUAAAAGUCUAGGUGCCUUCCAUGCGCUGGGUGGCUUGAAUGGGUUGGUCAAGGGGCUAAGAACAGACCGCAAAAGCGGUCUCAGCUUGGAUGAAGAAAACCUUGACGGCCAUGUUUCUUUCGAAGAGGCCACCACCCCUUCGUCCACCGAGAGUGAUAAGAAGGGUGGCGCUAACCUCCAGCGAACUGCUACAACACAUUCUCAGAAGCACGGAACCAGGCCACACGCAUAUUCGGACCGUAAGAGGAUUUUCUCGGAUAAUCGACUUCCCGAGAAGAAGCCUAAAAGUAUCUUGCAGCUGGCAUGGAUGGCUUACAACGAUAAGGUCCUGAUUCUGCUUACCAUUGCCGCCAUUAUCUCGCUCGCUCUUGGACUUUACGAAACUUUUGGUCAAAGCCACGAAGACGGAGAGCCGAAGGUGGAAUGGGUUGAAGGUGUUGCCAUUAUGGUUGCUAUUGCCAUCGUCGUCGUCGUCGGUGCUGUGAACGACUGGCAGAAGGAAAGGCAAUUCGUGAAGCUCAACAAAAAGAAAUCCGACCGGUUGGUCAAGGUCAUCCGGUCCGGCAAGACGAGGGAAAUCUCGGUUUAUGAUGUGCUCGUUGGAGAUAUCAUGCUUCUCGAACCCGGCGACAUGGUUCCCGUCGAUGGCAUCUUCAUCGAGGGUCACAACGUCAAAUGCGACGAAUCUUCCGCCACUGGAGAAUCCGAUCUUCUGAAGAAGAUUCCGGCUGACGAUGUCUACCGAGCAAUGGAGGCUGGCCACAGCGUCCGCAAGAUGGAUCCCUUUAUUCUUUCCGGCGCAAAGGUUUCCGAGGGUGUUGGUUCUUUCAUCGUUACCGCCACUGGUAUCCACUCGAGCUAUGGCAAGACGAUGAUGGCUCUCCGCGAAGAUAGCGAGGUUACUCCACUGCAGUCGAAGUUGAACGUCCUUGCGGAAUACAUCGCCAAGCUUGGUGGUGGAUCUGCAUUGCUCCUCUUCAUCGUUCUGUUCAUCGAGUUCCUCGUCCGGCUUAAGGGCAGUGACGCUACUGCGGAAGAAAAAGGCCAAAAUUUCCUGGAUAUCCUCAUUGUCGCCAUCACCGUCAUUGUCGUCGCCGUUCCGGAAGGUCUCCCUCUUGCCGUCACUCUUGCCUUGGCUUUCGCUACGACUAGGAUGUUGAAAGACAACAACCUGGUUCGUCUUCUUCGUUCCUGCGAGACCAUGGGCAAUGCUACCACCGUCUGUUCCGAUAAAACCGGAACGCUCACCCAAAAUAAGAUGACCGUGGUUGCAGGAUCGCUCAGCACGGCCCUUCGCUUCGGUGAUCGCAAGGUCAAAAAUUCCGCUGAACAGGACCCUGCCAACAAAGGCAAGCAGCUGUCUGAGGAUAAUGGCGAUGAUGUCUCCCCCAGCGAAUUCGUUUCGAAUCUUGGCGAAGAGCUCAAGGAGAUUUUCAAGCAAUCCAUCGUCAUCAACUCGACUGCCUUCGAAGGAGAGGAAGAUGGCAAACCCGCUUUCAUCGGCUCAAAGACCGAGACGGCCUUGCUCAAUUUCGCCCGCGACUAUCUGGGCAUGGGUCCUGUCACCACGGAAAGGUCAAAUGCCAAUGUUGUUCAGUUGGUUCCCUUCGAUUCUGGCCGGAAAUGCAUGGCUGCUGUUGUCAAGCUGAACGACGGAAGAUACAGGAUGUACGUCAAGGGCGCGUCCGAAAUCUUGCUGGCCAAAGCCGAUACCAUUGUCGACGGCACCAAGGAUCUCUCUACCCGGACCCUCUCUUCUGAUGUGCGCGAGGUGCUCACCCACCUGAUUGAGACGUACGCAUCUCGCUCGCUCCGCACGAUCGGCUUCUUGUACAAGGACUUUGAACAGUGGCCUCCAAAGGGCGCCCGCCCGCUGGAGGACGAUGCAUCUCAAGCUAACUUCGACGACGUGUUCAACAACAUGGUCUUCCUUGGCCUCGUUGGUAUCCAGGACCCCCUCCGUGAUGGUGUUCGUGAAGCCGUCCAGGACUGCAAGAAGGCCGGUGUUUUCGUGCGCAUGGUCACCGGUGACAACGUCUUGACAGCCAAGGCCAUCGCCGAAGAUUGCGGUAUUCUCGUUCCCGGUGGCAUUGUCAUGGAAGGUCCCAAGUUCAGGAAGUUGAAGAAGCGGGAAAUGGACCAGAUCAUCCCUAAGCUCUGCGUUCUUGCUCGUUCUAGCCCCGAAGAUAAGAGGAUUCUGGUCAAACGCCUGAAGGAACUGGGCGAAACGGUCGCCGUUACCGGUGAUGGCACCAACGACGCACCUGCUCUUAAGACCGCCGAUAUUGGUUUCUCCAUGGGAAUUGCUGGCACGGAAGUUGCCAAGGAGGCAUCCGCUAUCAUCCUCAUGGACGACAACUUUUCGUCAAUCGUCAAGGCUUUGCUAUGGGGCCGUGCCGUCAACGAUGCUGUCAAGAAGUUCCUGCAGUUUCAACUUACGGUUAACAUUACCGCUGUCCUGUUGACCUUCGUGUCAGCCGUCGCCAGCCCUGAUCAAACGUCGGUUCUUACUGCAGUCCAACUUCUCUGGGUCAACUUGAUCAUGGACACGUUCGCCGCCUUGGCUCUUGCUACCGAUCCUCCUACUCUUAGCCUGCUUGACCGAAAGCCUGAUCCUAAGUCCGCCCCGCUUAUCACGAUUACCAUGUGGAAGAUGAUCAUCGGCCAGGCCAUCUAUCAGCUUGUGGUCACCUUCAUCCUCUACUUCGCUGGCAAGAGCAUCCUUUCCUACCACAGCGAGCAUGAGGAAGAUCAACUCGCUACGCUGGUCUUCAACACUUUCGUGUGGAUGCAAAUCUUCAACCAGGUCAACAACAGGCGGCUGGACAACAAAUUCAACGUCUUCGAGAACAUCCACCGCAACUACUUCUUCAUUUUCAUCAACCUCAUCAUGAUUGGCGGCCAGGUCAUGAUCAUCUUCGUGGGUGGUGCUGCCUUCUCGGUGAAGCCACUCAAUGGGGCUCAGUGGGGAUACUCGAUUGUUCUCGGGUUCCUCUCGCUUCCAGUUGGUGUGAUCAUCCGAUUGAUUCCUGACGAGUUGAUCAUCAGCUUGAUUCCCGACCGGUUCAAGCGCAAGCCGACGCCCGACCUGGUCCUGUCUGAUGACUAUGAGUGGAACCAAAGCCUUCUUGAGAUCCGCGACGAGCUCGCCUUUAUCAAGAGGAUUCGUGGUGGGCGUCUCAGCGCACUCAAGUUCAAGCUCCAGCAUCCUCGGGAAGCGGCUCGUGAGGUGUUCAGCCGGUCGCGGAGCAGCCACUCCCUCCCUCAGACGCCCAACAACGAGCGUAGUGACAACGAGGGCGGGUCCCCUGCGCCUCCUACGCCCAUUAGCUCUCACUCGCGUAGCCGCAACAGGUCGCGCUCGAAUUCUGCAUUCGGACCUGCAGCUGCCAUGGCCGGCAUUGUUGCCGGAAGUAUCGCAGGAUGGUCGCCAAUCGAGCGUCGCGAUGGGGAGAAUGGUGAGGGCGGCGCGUCUUUCGCACGUGGGCGUGCCGAUAUCGAGGCCCAGGAAGGAGUCAGCGUGCACGCAGGCACGAAGAAUGAAGACCCUGUUGUUGUGAAGGAUGGCCCUACUCCUGGAGUCCCUCCCAGUCAGAGCAACGAUACCACACCGGCAUUCGGAGUCGGGCCCUUCGCUGAUCAGCCCAAGAUGGAUAACGAAGAGGGAGGUGAUGGCAAACCCAAAGAUACCCAAUCGUGA